AUGAAGAAAGAGAAUCACACUCUGGUGAGUGAAUUUACUUUCCAGGGUUUCGCCAGCUUCUGUGAGCACCAGUUCACCCUCUUUAUCAUGUUUUUUGCACUGUAUAUGUUAACCCUGGCCGGCAAUAUCAUCACUGUGGCCAUCAUUAGCCUUGACCAUCACCUCCACACCCCCAUGUAUUUCUUCCUCAGCGUGCUGUCAGCUUCAGAGACUGUGUACACACUCAUCAUUAUACCCAAGAUGCUCUGCAACCUCAUAGGCCUGAGUCAGUCCAUUUCAUUGGCAGGUUGUGCCACACAGAUGUUCUUCUUCAUCACUUUGGCCAUCAACAACUGCUUCCUGCUCACAGCGAUGGGCUACGACCGCUAUGUGGCCAUUUGCCAUCCCUUGAGGUACACAGUCAUCAUGAACAGGAGGGUGUGCCUCCAGCUGGUGUGGGGGGCCUGCAGCAUCGGGCUGAUUGUGGCCGCGACCCAGGUGACGUCUGUAUUCAGGUUACCUUUCUGUGCCACAAAGGUGGCCCACUUCUUCUGUGACAUCCGGCCCGUGAUGAAGCUCUCCUGCAUUGACACGACUGUCAAUGAGAUCCUGACUUUGAUCAUCAGUGUCCUGGUGAUCCUGGUUCCCAUGGGAUUGGUUUUCAUUUCCUACAUCCUCAUCAUCUCCACCAUCCUCAAGAUUGCUUCAGCUGAGGGCCGGAAGAAGUCCUUUGCCACCUGCGCCUCCCACCUCACUGUGGUCAUUGUGCACUAUGGCUGUGCCUCCAUUGCCUACCUCAAGCCCAAGUCAGAGAACAGCAAGGAUGAGGAUCAGCUGAUCUCAGUGACCUACACUGUCAUCACCCCACUACUGAACCCUGUGGUGUACACCCUGAGGAACAAAGAGGCCAAGGAUGCUCUGCUCCGGGCCAUUGGCAGGAAACUUUCCUGAUAAGAUGGGUCUGUUACAAAGAGGAUCUUGGAAGAUUCUA